CCGCAGGUCGUCUCGUUGUCUGCCUGCUGCCACCUCGACAUGCAGGCCGGCCAAUCAUGAAGGCCCUUGGCAGCCUCAUUGUGGGCACUUACACGUCGCUCUGCACGUCGCUCUCUCAGUGCCUCCCAAGCAACCACCAACCCCAGGACCAGCGUCUGCCUCGAGAGUCUGAGAAGGGCUUUGGCAUCAUAGACGAACAACCAGGGCGGGUGCUGCCAUUGGCCGCCAGGGCCAACGCUAGCAGGACCAGAGCUGCCAAUAAGAAAGAUCGAGCUCCAAAACGUCGAAAGCCCUCGACAAACAGCAUCUUCUCCACACGGCAGCGCCUCCUCUCUAAUGCAUCUUCAACGACACGGCGCCGGCCGCAAAUCUCUGCUCCCACAAAUUUUCAACAUGUCUACUCGGGCUCCUUUCACUUUCCCGAGCCCACGGUAGCACCAAUAAAGUCGAGACGACGGUCCUUCCGCCCGCUCGAACUCAGCAUAUAUCUCAAGGACAAUCGUUUAUCCCCCCUCCUCCCUCCCUUUGAAGGGCCCGAGCCCCCCGUUACGCCACCACACAGAAUGAUACCACAGCCAGAUGCAGAUACCAGCGACUCACUACAGAGCUUGGCUCGGUCACGCAGUUAUUCAUCAACCUCGUUCCAUGUCCCACGGCGUGCCAUCUCUGGCGGGUCUGUAUUCGAGUCGCCUCGCUCAGAGCACUCACAGCCCCACUCAACCUCGUCUCCCCCCGGAGUAACAAGGAAGAGGGCCUACACAUCACCAGAAGCCCCGCCGGCCAUGAUGGAAGAUCUGGUCGAACGGGUAGCACAGGCCAUGCUCGAGAGGGAUGAACUGCAGCAUAAGAUCAACGACGUGAUCGAGAGGCAGAGUUUGUACACCAUCAGCCGGCCGGCAACCCCGCAUGACAUGCAAGAUAUGGAGCCUAUGCCCGAGGUUCCUGCGCUACCUCCAAAUGCGCCGUCGUUCAGCGAGCGACUGCAUUUUGACCGAACGCCAACAACUCCUGUACCACCAACUCCUCUGGGCGCCCGUCCCUCCAGCUCUCCUCAAAGGCUGGAAACCAUCCCACCCCCACCCCCUUUACCACUACGCCUCCGACCCCCCUUGAGAAAGAAGAAGUCAUUCUCUCGAGUGUCAAACUGGCUUGUCUUUUACAACAGCGAGUCCAAAGAGCGGCAGCUCAGCCUUGACAGUGUCACAAAUUUCCCGAAACCCAUCACGGACAACGAUGGCUUCUAUGAGGUCGCCCAGCCGCCAGCCCGCCCAAGCCGCCGUUCGAGCUUUGACAGUGUUUCCUCUGCCUCAGACUGGUCUGUGGAAGAGGAACAAACGGUGCCGACCAGUUGGUCCCCGGCAAGCGAUAUGACCAUCAAGGCCGUCGCUCCUAUGCAAACUGGCGUGGGCUUUGCGCCCAGCUCAGGAUCACACAGCCUGCGCCCAAGUCGAGCUUUCGUUUUUCCGAGCGUGCCGAGACAGACUUUGAGGCGGCAGGCGCGGGAUUCAGCAAUGAAUGUGCCUCACACAGUGGGCGUUGCUGUUUAGAAAACGACGUUUGUCUUGACUCCUGAGAGUCGUGGUGCAAACAAAAUUUCUUUGCCCUCUGCCCUCUGCCUCUACCAUUCCUUUCUUCUUUCAAAAUACCCCGGGCAUUUUGUUCUUCAUUUUCUGAUCAGUUGAUUCUGCAUCGUCAUUUGCAUAUCUGGUUCUGAGAUACCUCACUCGAUGCAAUAGUCAUCGAGUUGCAAUUCACCCUCGUCAUUUCACAUCAUUAUAUUCUUC